AUGACAGAGCAGCCCAAGUUAGCCAAAUUCUUUGGCGGUGGCAGCAGCGCCAACACAUCAGCGUCAAAGCCUCGUCAGCAAGAUAUCAAGUCUGCUUUUGCUCCAAAACUGGCCAAGCCAACAUCCAUAGAGACCACAAUCAACGCAGCCACUGCAUCUUCCCACGAAGCCGAGCCUAUCACCGCCGCCACUCCCUUGCCCUCAAAGAGACAAGCUUCCAUCAGCAACGCCAUUCCGAACAUCCCCAACUCCGACCCAGCAGCACCACAUAGGAAGAAGCGUCGCAUCAUCGAAUCGGAUGACGACGAGGACGAGGAACCGUCACUGUCUCCGGCGCAAGCCUCGACCCCCGCAUCCGCAAACAAGCAACCUGCACCGGAUGCAUCAUCGAGCAGCAAAGUCGCCUCCAUCUCUGCCAAACCUCCGCCAAAGACCAGUAUAGCCGCCAACAAGGGUGUCAUCUCCAGUGCUAACGAUGCCACAGACAGCGACUCGGACUCUGCCAGCGAGCACAUCCCUAACGACCUAGACGAUGAUCACGAAGAAGAACAGGCAAUCCAAGAAGAAGAGCAAAAGGGUGCCAAAAAGCUUGCCGCCAUCUUUCAAAUGCCAUCCCAAGUCAACGAAGGCAAAGUUACCUGGAAAGAGGGCGAGGCGGUCCCCUAUGCUGCGCUAGCUACCACGUUUGCCGAUAUCCAGGCUACCACCAAGCGACUCGAGAUCACCGAGAUCCUCACCCAAUUCCUUGUGCGCGUCAUCAAGCGCUCCCCCGAUAACCUGCUUCAGGUCGUCUACCUGUGCAUCAACCGCCUCUGUCCCGAUUACGAAGGUCUCGAGCUGGGCAUUGGCGAAUCGUUGCUCAUCAAAGCCAUCGCUCAAUCCACCGGUCGCGAAGUGGCUCGCAUCAAAAAGGACCUCGAAGCCCAAGGCGAUCUCGGCCUGGUAGCGCUCCAUUCGAAAAAGAACCAACCGACCAUGUUCAAGGUGUCGAGCCUCAAAGUUCCGCAGGUAUUCAAGCAGCUCAAAGAAAUCGCCCUUGUGAGCGGCAACAAGUCGCAAGACCGAAAGAUCGGCAUGAUCAAGAAGCUGCUCGCUUCAUGUCAAGGUGACGAACCCAAGUUCCUCAUUCGCAGUCUCGAAGGAAAACUUCGAAUCGGGCUCGCCGAAAGAUCCGUACUCGUCUCCCUGGCGCGCGCCGUCGUCAUAGCCAAAUUGGGCAAAACCAUCUCAAAACUUUCUCAGGAAUCCCUCGCCAAGCAGCUCGAGGACGCAACUGAGCUCGUCAAGGCUGUCUACUCGGAACUGCCCUCGUACGAUCUGGUUGUACCGGCAUUGCUCAAGGGCGGAGUCGAGCAUCUGCGUAGCGAAUGCAAGCUGACGCCUGGUGUGCCGCUCAAGCCGAUGCUUGCCAAACCCACCAAAGCCAUCUCUGAAGUGCUCGACCGCUUUGAAGGCAAACCAUUCACCUGCGAAUACAAGUAUGACGGAGAACGUGCUCAGGUUCAUCUGUUACCUAACCGUCAACUUGCCGUGUUUUCGCGAAACUCGGAAAACAUGUCUGUCAAAUAUCCCGAUCUGGUCGAACAAAUUCCUCGAUGCAUCAAGCCUACCGUCAAAUCGUUUGUCCUCGAUGCGGAAGCAGCGGCGUGGAAAAAGGCUCAACUCAACGCGGAAGGCAUCUUGGAACCAGCCAAGCUUCUGCCAUUCCAAGAGCUCUCGCGUCGUAAACGCAAGGACGUCAAAGCGCAAGACAUCAAGGUCAAAGUCAAGCUGUUUGCGUUUGAUCUGCUCUUCCUCAACGGCGAGUCUCUGCUCUCGCUUCCGCUCUCUGAACGACGUGCGCUCCUGCAAUCGCACUUCCAACCCGUCGAUGAUGAAUUCGACUUUGCUCGUUCCGAAGACUGUAGUAGCGUCGAGCAGAUUUCUGUCUUUCUCGACAAAUCCGUCAAGGAAGGAUGUGAAGGGUUGAUGGUGAAAAUGCUUUCAGGUGUCGAUUCCACCUACGAACCGUCUCGACGUUCCAUGAACUGGUUGAAGCUGAAAAAGGACUAUCUGGCCGGAACGGGUGAUUCCCUGGAUCUCGUCGUCAUUGGAGGCUACUACGGCAAGGGAAAGCGAACCAACGUCUACGGAGCAUUCUUGCUAGCAUGCUACGAUUCCGAUUCGGAAACUUUCCAGACUAUUUGCAAGAUCGGCACCGGUUUCACCGAACAAGACCUCGAAUCGCACUACAAAACACUGAAACAGCUCGAGAUCUCUGGCAAAAAGGGCUACUACGAUGUCGGUGAGGCGAAGCCGGAUGUCUACUUUGAAGCCAAAGUGGUAUGGGAGGUGUUGACGGCCGACCUGAGCCUCAGUCCCGUGUAUACUGCUGCCAAAGGACUCGUGGAUCAGAGAGGCAUCAGUUUGCGGUUUCCCAGAUUCAUCCGCAUUAGAGACGAUAAGACCGCCGAAGAGAGUACCAGUCCAGAGCAGAUCGAGGCCAUGUACAGAUCACAGGUCGUCAACAGCAGUAAGGGCAAAAGUGGAGCAGAUGACGAUGAUGGAUUUUGGUAA